CAGAUGCCUUUUGCACCUAGCGGCUACACAUUCUACCGUAAUGUCAUGGACUAUGGGGCCACGGGUGAUGGCAGCACUGAUGACACGGCCGCCAUCAACCGGGCCAUAUCGGACGGCAAUCGCUGCGGCGAGAACUGUGGAUCAACAAGCGUCCUGGGGGCUCUGGUUUACUUCCCUCCCGGUACCUACCUGAUCAGUACACCCAUCGUGCAGUACUACUACACACAAUUCGUGGGCGACCCCAACGACCGACCCGUCAUCAAGGGAUCUGCCAACUUCAGCGGCAUUGCUCUAAUUGACACCGACCCCUACAUUCCCGGAGGAGACGGUAGUGAAUGGUACAUCAACCAAAACCAGUUCUACCGACAGAUCCGGAACUUCGUGCUGGACAUGACCGCGAUGAACUUCACCAACUACGACGCGGGCCAGGAAUAUGUGCCCACUGGUAUCCAUUGGCAAGUGGCGCAGGCAACCUCGAUGCAAAACAUCUACUUUGACAUGCCGGAAUCCACGUCCGAGGCAGCCACCACGGCGGUGGGCAUCUUCAUGGAAAAUGGAUCUGGUGGUUUCCUCAGUGAUUUGGAGUUUUAUGGUGGUAAUAUCGGGUUCCGUGCUGGUACUCAGCAGUACACUGCGCGCAAUCUCAAGUUCACUUCCUGUCUCACUGGUGUGUCCAUGAUUUGGGACUGGGGUUUUACGUGGAAGAAUGUCGAGUUUGACGCGGUGUGGGUGGCCUUUGAUUGCACCAGCGUGGGCAGUGAAGAUAGCCAGGGGACGGGCUCGAUUGCUGUUGUGGACUCGACGUUCUACUCGGUUCCAUAUGCCAUCACCCUGCGCAAUGGUGGCCCGUACCCCGACAUCAUCCUCGAUAACCUGCUUGUUCAGGACUCUGCGAGCAUCGUGUUGAUUUCGGGUGGCGAUACUCUUUUUGAAGGUUCCUCGGGAUCAAUCUACAUUGAGUCCUGGGCAUAUGGAAGACGCUACACAUCACUGGACGGAUCUGGCACCGAGACCUACGGUCUCCUUGACAUCGCUCCCCAGAAGCCCGACAGUCUUCUGGACGGUGAUGGCGACUACUUCACCAAGUCUCGCCCCCAGUACGAGAGCUACUCGGCCAGUGAGUUCAUCGUGGCCACAGCAAACGGUGUUAGUAACGACGCCACCGGAGAUCAAACCGAUGCCAUCAACACCUUGCUCAGUGACAAUGUGGGUUCCCCCAUCUUCUUCCCCGCCGGUAUCUACAUGGUCAAAAGUACCGUGUUUGUUCCCGUCGGCUCCAUCAUUGUGGGAGAAGGGUGGUCUCAGAUCAUGGGCACGGGGGAAUAUUUCGAGGAUGAACUCAACCCCCAGGUAAUGGUCCGAGUUGGUUACGAGGGAGAUGCCGGCAUCAUCCAGAUCAGUGAUAUGCUGUUCACCGUCAAGGGACCCACUGCCGGUGCGGUUCUCAUGGAGUGGAAUGUCCAUGAAUCCACGCAAGGAUCCGCUGGCAUGUGGGAUUCGCACUUUCGUGUCGGUGGUGCCAACGGAACGGAUCUCCAAAUGUCGGACUGCCCCAAGUCGACUGACUCCGUUAACAAGGACUGUAUGGCGGCCAGCAUGUUGCUACACCUGACGCCUUCCUCCUCGGGAUAUUUUGAGAAUGUGUGGGCGUGGGUAGCGGACCAUGAUCUUGAUGUUGAGAUCAGCAGCAGCGCUACGGAUACCUCAGCCACGCAACUCAACAUCUACGUGGCCCGAGGAGUGUUGAUUGAAUCACAGGGCCCAACCUGGUUUUAUGGAUGCGCCUCGGAGCACAGCAUUCUCUAUCAAUACCAGCUGUACAAUGCCCAGGACAUCUACCUGGGGCAUAUCCAAACGGAAACCCCCUACUUCCAGGACACACCUGCUGCGGAUGCCCCUUACACCAUCGGCACUUUUGAAUCGGAUCCUACCUUUGAGGACUGCACGUCCGACUCGAACUGCGAGAAAGCUUGGGCGUUGCAAGUUUUGAAUUCCGAGAAUGUCUUCAUCUACAGCGCCGGGUUUUACAGCUUCUUUGAAUCCUACAGCGAAGCCUGCAUUGAUGAUGCAACCUGCCAGGAGCGUCUCGUGGAGACGAGUUAUACCCAGGGUCUGUGGAUGUACAACUUGUUCACGAUCGGUGCAACCGAAAUGGUUUAUCCUGCUGGCGGCGUCAUCCCUCCUACCUAUCAGGGUGAUAACAAGAAUGGCUACUCCACCGACAUUAGCGCUUGGCUGGUCCUAUCUGAGCAAGGCGGAGACAUUGGGAGUUCCGGCAAUGAAGAGGAGGAUGGAUCCGGUAUCGUCUAUAUCGAUCCCAUCGUCUUCGGAGAGCCCAGCCCUACUGUCCAAUGCUAUGACCCGUGCACUAUGGUCCUGCCCACAUCCACCAUGUCGAAUUCUUCCACCAUUACCUACGCUCCCUUCACGACCACUAUCAUUGUGGGU